GUAUGUGUGUGUGUGUAUGGAUCAACUAUAGUACAACAAGCGACAGGUGAUUUAAUACAUUUGGGAAAUUUAUCAUGGCGGAGAAUACGUCGGAAGUUACCGUAAAGUGUCCGGUUUGCAUGGGGGAUUUUGAUGCAGACAACAUUAAUGGCCACUUGGAUGAGUGUUUACAGAACUUUGAUGAUAACAACGCGUCUGAUCAUGGAUCACCUGGACCUCCUCCCAAAAAACCUCGGACUAACCUCACUGACGAACGGCCAGCUGGACUCUUCUCACUGUUUCACACCAAAUCCAAAGUUACCGAUCAGAAGCAAAAGAUGGAAUCAAUGGUCACGUGUACAGAGACUACAGAAGUCUCGAUCGGUCCUGGAGUGAAAGUAACGGAGAAACCGGAAUGCCUGGAUGGACCACCAGCAUCAUCAUCUGUCACAUCUACUUCAAGAGCGUUAAUGCUAAAUAACGAAAAGCCCUUGGCAGAAAUACUGAGACCCAGCACACUGGAGGAGUAUUUCGGGCAGAAUAAACUGAUUGGAGAACAGACCCUGCUUAGAUCUCUGCUGCAGUCACAGGAGAUUCCAUCUUUAAUACUCUGGGGACCACCAGGAUGUGGAAAGACCACCCUGGCCCACAUUAUUGCCACCUCCAUUAAGAAGAAAGGCACAGGACGUUUUGUGACGCUCUCCGCCACCAGCACUUCAACGGGCGAGGUGCGUGAAGUGAUCAAACAGGCCCAGAAUGAACUCCGUCUGUGCAAGAGAAAGACCAUUUUGUUCAUUGAUGAGAUACAUCGCUUUAACAAAUCCCAGCAGGACACCUUCCUCCCUCACGUGGAGUGUGGUACCAUCACACUAAUCGGGGCCACAACAGAGAACCCAUCUUUUCAGGUGAACAGUGCUUUAUUGAGCCGCUGUAGGGUUUUGGUUCUGGAGAGGCUGUCAGUGGAAGCAAUGGGCUUGAUUCUUCGUCGGGCUGUUGACUUUCUUGGGCUGGAAGUGUUGAAGGAGAACGCAGGGGAACACGACCGUUCAACGCUCUGCUCAAAUCCUCAGGUGUUUAUUGAACAGAAAGCGCUGGAUACUGUAGCACACCUGUGUGAUGGUGAUGCCCGAGCUGCUCUUAAUGGCCUUCAACUGGCCGUGAAGGCGUGUGUUGUUCAGGUGCGCGCUGGUUCCUUCAAACCUGAUGAAGCUCCUCAACAUAUAGUAGUGCUUGAACAACAUGUUAAAGAAGGCCUUCAGAGAUCACACAUUCUUUAUGAUAAAGCUGGUGAGGAGCACUAUAACUGUAUCUCAGCCCUUCACAAGUCAAUGAGAGGUUCAGAAGCAAAUGCUGCCCUCUAUUGGCUGGGAAGGAUGCUGGAGGGAGGUGAAGACCCACUGUAUGUUGCUCGCCGGCUGGUCCGGUUUGCUAGUGAAGAUAUUGGUCUGGCAGACCCUGUGGCACUCACUCAGGCUGUAUCAACAUUUCAGGCUUGUCACUUCAUCGGCAUGCCUGAAUGUGAGGUCAUUUUAGCCCAGUGUGUGGUUUAUAUGGCCAGAGCCCCCAAGUCUGUGGAGCUGUACCAGGCCUAUAAUAAUGUAAAAGCCUGUCUGAGAAACCAUCAAGGACCAUUACCAUCUGUGCCACUUCACCUACGUAACGCUCCCACAAAACUAAUGAAAAAUCUUGGUUAUGCUAAAGGAUACAAAUAUAACCCAGACUUCAGUGGCCCGGUGGAUCAAGAAUAUCUUCCUGAAGAACUCCGGGAUGUCAACUUUUUUACCUGGACACCGAAGAAUUUAUGAUUGAACUUUUCACUUCUACGGCUACAGUUUUGAUUUUGUCUCCAUCAUGGUCUGCCUCAUGCUGUCAGUGUCAACCUACAUAUUCAACUUAUUGUAUUACAGUAUAUGAUAAAUAAAAAACACUUGUAUUUGAUUUAGUUGUUAAUAGUUUUUAUAUUAUAAAAGGUUUAAUAAAAGUUUGUAAUUAAACUAUUUUUUGCUGUUCCGUCUGCUAA